AUGGAAAAAGAACAACGUUACAUCAUGCGGCAACCCAAGGAACGCAAGCAGAAAGUGAUCGAUCUGUCGAAACAAGAAGAAACAACGCAGAGAGUCGCAGCGGUGGAAGCGAAGAGACAGAAAGUCAUAAGCGAGGUGGAACUUUCUUUAAAGCGUAGACGAUUUGACAGAAAAGCGAUAGAAAAAGCUCGACUCGAUAUGGAAGAGAGCGUUCGGCAGAAGGAGAUCAGAGAUGCGAGAAAAUUGCGCGGUGAAAGAGCGAUGGUGCAGAUCCGUCAAGAUCUACGCGCCAUUAUUGAGGUGGGUAUAAAGUCCAUUCAGCCGUCAGCGAUUGUACCUGAGAAGAUUAAAUACGACGGCCGCACGACGAUGACAAUUAAGAACGUCAAGUACAAAAUAAAAAAUAAUUUGCACAUAGUCGGCUGGGGCAAGGAAGCCGGUAUCAUGAGCACGGCGCUCGAGAGGAUAGUAGGCAAACAAUUGAAAGAAGGAUUUAUAGUGGUGCCUCGCAAGUCGAUCUCCACGAUGUGGAGCUAUCCGGAAGCGUUCCCGAAGUUGGACAGCCGUAUAAACUUCGUUGAAGUCGGCAUGAACGGACUGCCGGAUGGCGGGACGGUCGAUAUCGCGCGGAAAAUCGCGAAUUACUGUAAACGACUGAAGAAACGCGACUUACUGAUAGUCAUGCUGUCGCGAGAUUCCAACGAUCUCCUGUGCUGCCCGCGGGACACAAUUACAUUGAGAGAUAAGUUAAGAGUUCUCAACAGGUUAAAAGCUGCUAAUGCGACUCUCGUGGAAAUCAAUAUCGUGAGGAAUAAACUUUCCGCGAUAAGAGGCGGCGAUCUGGCGCGUCUGGCUUAUCCGGCUAAAGUCAUCACCCUCUUCACGUCUGACGUGUCAGCAGAACCGCCGGAACACUUGGGAGGUGGCCCGUGCGUUUACGAGCCGAAGGACCAAGGGGCUCUGACCGUUUUGACGAGGUACAAACUUCUCGACCAAGUAUCGCAGAGCAUUCGCGAGGCAUUAGGGGCGCCGAAGCCCGCAACGGCGGCCGACGGCCGAUUGAACGAGAACGGCAGGUAUAGCUUCGUGGAGCAAUACGUGAUCGCGUGCAACGAAGACGCGAUGGAGCGCAUGGCGACACAGGUCCUGAGACUGGGACUGUCCCCCAUGAAAUUAAAGUCCACCUGCAGCGGCACCGUCGACGAAUUAGCGCAGGAAUACGCGAAGAUCGCGUCGCUAAUGAUCCUGACGGCCGAGAGGAAAAUCACCAGGUUGGAGCUGUACGAGCAGAUGACGGAGAGUCCGGUGUGCUCGCUGAGCGAUCAGAUGUGGGAGCUGUUCCUCACCGACGACAAAUGGGCACUGGGGCUGUGCCUCUUGCUGGGAGGUCGGCCGGCCGUCCAUCUCGAUGGCGCGCAUUCCGGCAAAAGCGGACCUAAUCAGGAGCUCGCUCUGCGCUUCUCCUUGUAUUGGUGCAUGCGUACGAAGCAAUAUCCAAUUUUGCGAGGAUACACCGUCUGGUUCCUCGGAGGUAGCUCUUACGGCAGAGACGGCAAUACCAGCGCAGCUGGCGCAUACGGAUACAAGAGCCUCGCCGAGGACGUUUACUCGGAAUACGAAAAAGCGAGGAGCGCGCAUAAGGCGGCACUCCGGAAAUUGCGGAAGCUCGUGGAAGAUAAACAGAGCGGAUCGGAGAUCGCGACGGCUCGCCGAGAGACGACGGACGCGGAGGAAACGUGCGAGAAGUACGCGACCGUUCUGCCGGAACGAGUCCUGAGGGAGGACGACAGCAACCUGUUCUUCUCGUGUAUCAACGACGGCGACGAGCUGUUGCUGCCGAUGAGCGAAAAUGUUUAUGCGGCCGUGGACGUCGGGGAGCUUCACGUAAUACGAAUCGUGCGCCACCAGUGUAGCUGCGUCGGCGACUGUCACGUCGACGAAAAUCGGCCACGCGUCGAUACAGACCGUCCUGUCAAUCGCGCGUUAUCGGCAAUGGCGAAGCCGGUGUUGCAAUAUGGUGGUCGGGUCGCGACACCGGAGAGCCGUUGA